AUGCUUCGUUACCGAGAGCCUAAGGUAUACAGUGGAGGGCGACAUUCUUUCAACCUUACGGAUAAACUGGACAUCGAACAUUCGGACAAGGAAAGAGGCGGCUUGGCAACUCACGUGUGCUUACACUACUAUUACACACACACACACACAACCACUCGGCAUCCUACAGCAUCGCUCUAUGAAGCCAACUCAGUUUUAUUGAACUUGUGUAACACGCCACUGUACCAAGUGGUACCGAAGCAAUCACUUGAAUGUUGGGUUGACUCUACUUCUGUCGUGGCCUGCAGGGCUCAUGGCACGGAUGGAAACGUCUAUGCUCCCGCUGCCGCCCUGUGCGCUCGUCGACCCGACUCGUCCUUUCCCGAAUGCCCACCGGAAGAUCGUCGACAUGCUACCUCACUGACAAGUCCAGAUGUGCUCGAUCUGGUAUUGCAACACACACUACUUCCGCUACCCUGCCGUCAUCCUGCCCUGCACACCCUACCUAGCACCAACAGCAACCGUCACGCAACUGUCAAAAGGCUCUCACUCACGGUCUCCCCAAAACUCCCCAAAACUCUAAACACUUCAACUGCCUUCACCUCUCACUCGACCCCCAUAACCAACCAAUCUCGCUCCUCAUUCACGGCCCCUCUUUCCUCUCGGCUCCCAUCACCAUGA